AUGCCCGUGCAAAAGUUGCAAUAUUUGAGGUCAACUCUAACAGGAAGAGCCGCCGCGGCUAUCGAAUGUCUAAGCACGACGGACGCGAACUACGCAGACGCGAUCGAACUUUUGAAGAAGAAAUUCGACUGCAAGCGCCAAAUUCUUUUAAAACAUUGCAACGCCCUUCUCGCGAUGCCGAAAUUGUCGCGAGAUACACCGGAAGCGCUAGGGGAACUGGUAGACAUAAUCCGCCAAAAUCUGCGUUCAUUGAAAAAUCUAAACACCGACCUAUCUUCGUGGGAUUCCAUUAUCAAUGCGAUCAUCUUAUUGAAGAUAAACACCGAUUCCGCAUGGCAGUGGGAAAUCUCGUUAAAGGACAAAGAAAUGCCCCCGCACCAACACCUGCUCGAUUUCCUCGAAAAACGCGCGAGUUGUUUUUCAUCGACGCAACCCAAACCUUCGUCGUCGAGACAGAUAGGUCAACCUACAAUUGCGAAAACUACAAACCAUCGAUACGCAACACGGGCCCACGCUUUCGCAACCGCUGCGAACGCCAGUAAUUCCCAGCAUCCCGCGACUCCAGCGGCUUACGCGACUUCCGCGACUUCCGCGACUUCCGCGACUUCCGCGACUUCCGCGACUGCACCAAAAUGCGCGAUAUGCCAAGGGAUCCACGGAAUUUGGCGCUGCGAGAAGUUCCACUCAUUGUCGGUGAACGCACGCAUAGCGGCCGCCAAGAGAGCUUCGCUAUGCCAAAAUUGCUUGAGGAGCGACCAUAAACCCGAGAUAUGCAGAAAGGGUUCAUGCCGCAUAUGUAAACAGCAGCAGCAUACGCUGAUUCAUCGACCAAGGCCAUCAUCGGAUCACGAAGCUGAUAUCCCAACGAAGAGGCGCGGAACAUCGCCAACCGCUCACGAAGAAGAGAGCGAAUGA